AGGAAUCUCUUGCUCGUAGAUUGUCGCGUGUUUGUCGAGCUUCGAGACUCUCUCCAUAAUCAACUCCAAUCGAAACCAUAAACAAAGAAGUGCCACCCAAUCCCAUCCGAAAUGGCUGAUGAAAGUCUGCACACAAUGCCGCUGGAGCACAACAUAGACUAUCACAUUGUGACAUUGUUCGAGCGGCUCGAGGCGAUGCGCAAGGACUCGCAUGGGAACGCCACCAACAACCGGCUCUCCAGCACACUGCAGGCACCCAAGCGGAGCAUGCAGGCGGAGAUUCGCACUCUGGAGUUUUGGAGAUCCAUCAUCAGCGAGUGCCUGGCUUCGUUCCUGUACGUGUUCAUCGUCUGCGGAGCCGCUGCGGGCGCCGGCGUGGGUGCCAGCGUCUCAUCCGUGCUUCUGGCCACAGCCCUGGCCUCCGGCCUCGCCAUGGCGACACUCACGCAGUGCUUUCUCCAUAUCUCUGGCGCCCACAUCAAUCCCGCUGUGACUCUGGCCUGCUGCGUGGUGCGCAGCAUCUCGCCCAUUAGAGCCGCCAUGUACAUGACCGCCCAGUGCGGCGGAGGCAUCGCAGGAGCUGCUCUGCUCUACGGGGUCACCGUGCCUGGCUACCAGGGAAAUCUUCAGGCAGCCAUCUCCCACAGCGCUGCUCUGGCCGCCUGGGAACGCUUUGGCGUGGAAUUCAUCCUGACAUUCAUGGUGGUGCUCUGCUACUUCGUGUCCACCGAUCCCAUGAAGAGGUUCAUGGGCAACUCUGCCAUGUCCAUCGGUGCCGCCUACAGUGCCUGCUGCUUUGUGUCGAUGCCCUACCUGAAUCCGGCUCGCUCCCUGGGUCCUUCGUUUGUGCUCAACAAAUGGGACAACCAUUGGGUCUACUGGUUCGGACCUUUGGUGGGCGGCAUGGCCUCCGGCUUAGUCUACGAGUACAUCUUCAACUCGCGCAGGAGCCAGCGCCACGCCAAGGGCAGCAUCGACAACGACUCCAGCUCCAUUCACUCCGAGGACGAGCUGAACUACGACAUGGACAUGGAGAAGCCCAGCAAGUACCAGCAGUCGCAGGGCACCUAUCCGCGGGGCCAGCCCAACGGCAACGGAGGAGGCGGUGCCCCGGCCGGACAGCACGCGGCGCCCAACAUGGGCCAGAUCGCGGGAGUGGUGGGCGGUGUGCAGGGCAACUACUGCCAAAACCUGUACACUGCUCCGCCGCUCUCCUCCAAGUACGAGCAGCAGCAGGAGCCGCUCUACGGCGGAACUCGCUCCCUGUACUGCCGCUCGCCCACUCUGACGCGCAGCAACCUGAACCGCUCCCAAUCCGUCUACGCGAAGAGCAACACGGCCAUCAACCGCGACAUUGUGCCGCGUCCUGGUCCGCUGGUGCCGGCCCAGAGCCUCUACCCCAUGCGCACCCAGCAGCAGCAACAGCAGCAGCAGCAGCAGGCAGUCACCGCCGCCCAAUCCUCCCACCUGCAGAACCAGAACGUACAGAACCAGAUGCAGCAGCGCAGCGAGAGCAUCUAUGGAAUGCGGGGGUCCAUGCGCGGACAGCAGCAGCCACUCCAACAGCAGCAGCAGCAGCUCCAGCAGCAACAGGCUCCCGUGAAUGUGCAACAGCAGCAGCAACAGAUGCAGCCACCGCCGCAGCUGAUGGCCGAGCAGCAGAACCACCAGCAGCAGCAGCAGCCGCAGGGCUUCCAACCCGUCUAUGGCACUCGUACGAAUCCCACGCCCCUCGAUGGCAGCCACAAGUACGACAGGCGGGACCAACAGCCGCAGCAGCAGCAACAGCAGCUGUACGCCAUGACGGGCCCGAGGAAUCGCGGCCAGUCGGCCCAGUCGGAUGACAGCUCCUAUGGCUCGUAUCACGGAUCGGCAGUCACUCCACCGGCGCGUCAUCCAAGCGUAGAACCGUCACCGCCUCCGCCGCCCAUGCUCAUGUAUGCCCCGCCCCCGCAGCCGAAUGUGUCCCAUCCACAGCCCAUCCGCACCCAGUCGGAGCGUAAGGUGAGCGCCCCCGUGGUGGUAUCCCAGCCAGCCACCUGCGCCGUCACCUACACAACAUCGCAGGGAUCCACGCCAACGCCCCAGCAACAACAGCAGCAGCAGCAGCAGCAGCAGCAAAUGAUGAUGCAACAGCAACAGCAGCAGCAGCAACAUUAUGGAAUGCUACCGCUACGGCCCAACUGAAAGCGGCUCUCGUGGGGUCCUGUGACGACCCCGCCGCCAGCCGCAAUGCACGCCCUCGCGCUCCACCCCGCGGGCACCAUGACCCUGCACAGCUGCAGCCUAGCCAAGCAGAGCAGUUUGUUUUAGUUGUAGUCGUAGUCGAUAUAGAUAUCGAAGAGGCAGAAGGGGCAUGCAUCCAAAGGAAAUGUACGCGAAGUCUCAGCCCUUAGUCUAUCCUAAUCAUAGUUUAGCCAACUCCGACGUAUAGCCAGAAUAGAUUGUAGAAUAUAUUGUAUUAUUCCGAGCACCGGAGCACCGGAGCACCACAGCACCAGAGCACCAGAAGGAAAGGAACUCUCACCUAGCAGCAGCAGCAGAAGAAGAAUAGCAGUAACAAUAGCCAUA